GCGAUGGUGGCAACGCAUCACUGUAUUUGUGGGGAAGGCUGUGGUUUGUCCCCACUGGCCUCUGGUGGCACCCGGCAGGGCUCUCCCAUGAUGCCAUGUGGAAAAUCCCACAGAACAGCUCCUGUAUCCUGGAGAGACUCUGGGGGCAGCCCAGGCUCCUCCAGCAAGGUGGUUGGUUGAUCUCUGCUGGAUAAAACAGGAUUUGCUUUUGACUUGGGACUGAGUUCAUAAAGCAGAGUUCAUACAGCAAGCUUUUGACUAAGAGAUGCCUUUUUAAUGACGAACACGCAUCCAAGCUUCACUUGGACGCAGUUCCCUCCCACUCGUGACUUUGGGUAUAUCACUUCCCCUUUCUCUGAACCUUUUUCUUUUUUCCUAUAACUCCUCCUCCCUGGGGGAGGCUGCCUGGGGUCUUUUGCGUCCCCAAAUUUCAGCAGGGCGUUGAGCUCACUGUGGCCUUGCUCUCCCAUUAUUAACGUUGCAGAGGGGCACAGGGCACGUGCACGUUUCAACCUGUCCAAGAGCACGGGAUUUCCACCGGAGCUUCAGGAAGGAAAAAAAGGAAAUGCUGCAGACCCCAUCUGCACUGGCAGCCUCAGGAAGGGAUGACCUCAGCACUGCUGAGCGGUGACUUCCAGGUCACAUCCCCUGUUCCCGGGGUGCUGUGGAAUCGGAGCGCCAUGGGGAGCGCUGGCAGCACUGGCUCCCGUGCAUUGUGUCACAUCCUGGCUCUGGUGUGCUUGGACGCUGUUUUCCUUCUUUGGCUGUGGGUUUUGUUCUUCUGAACAAACACGCAGGCAGAACGACAACAAGAAUCCCCCCUUUUCCCAUUGAUCCGGGUGCUGGGGCUGUGUGAACCAGAAGCCAGCUGCAGUCACAGUGUUGUCCCUAUGGCACUGGGGCUAUUUUUCUGGGAAAGAGGCACAGCCCCUUCGCCAGGAAGGAAAGGCCACAGAUACCUCCAACCCUGAAGAUCCUCAGUGCUAACCCUGGUGCUCUCACGCUGGCUGGGCCAACCCAUGAUGGCACUGUGUCUGAAGCAAGUCUUCAACAAAGACAAAACCUUCCGCCCCCGGAAGAAGUUUGAGCCCGGCACACAGCGCUUCGAGCUGUACAAGAAGGCUCAGGCCUCCCUCAAAUCAGGGCUGGACCUAAAGGCUGUGGUACAGCUGCCUCCUGGCGAGAGCAUCAAUGACUGGAUAGCUGUGCACGUGGUGGACUUCUUCAACCGCAUCAACCUCAUCUACGGCACCAUGUCGGAGUACUGCACGGAGAAGAGCUGCCCCAUCAUGUCGGGUGGGCUCAAGUAUGAGUACAGGUGGCAGGACGAUAGCAAGUACAAGAAGCCAACCAAGCUGUCAGCCCCACAGUACAUGUGUAUGCUGAUGGACUGGAUUGAGAUGCUCAUUAACAACGAGGACAUCUUCCCCACCAGAAUAGGUGUUCCCUUCCCUAAGCAGUUCCAGCAAGUUUGCACUAAGAUCCUCACCCGCCUCUUCCGUGUCUUUGUCCAUGUCUACAUCCACCACUUUGAUAGCAUCAUCAACAUGGGUGCUGAGGCUCAUGUCAACACCUGCUACAAGCACUUUUACUACUUCAUCAGGGAGUUCAGCCUUGUUGACCAUCGGGAGCUGGAGCCUUUGAAAGAAAUGACAGAACGAAUUUGCCACUGAAGCGAUUUCAGCAGGCAUACUCAGCAAGAUCAUUCAGCAUUCAAUGGGACAAGAACCCUGCAGUGGGAGAUGUCUUCCCGAGGACUUGCUCUGGGCAUUUCAACUGAACUAUGAAAACUGCAGAAGAGCCUUUUUCUUCUUUGUCUUCGGAUGCAUCAAUUUCCAAAUGUUUUGUUAGCGAGACCUGCCCUGUAAGCAGGUGUGACCUUGACUACUGAGUCAUGCCUGUUGCCUUUCUCACAUGCAUUGAACUAUGAUAACAUGUGAGAUCAGCUCCGUAAAGCUGGUGACAUUUGAUCCCAAUUGACUCCAUGGGGUUAGUUGCCAAUGUCCCUUUUUUAACCAUGAGCUAUGAAUGUCUCUCCUUCUGCCCUCAUUUGUGCUUCACCAAAGGGACUUUUCUUUCCUCCUCCCACCCCCGGAAAUUUUUCAUCCUUGGAAGAAGGGACGUCAGGAUGUUCUAAGAUGCAUCCAAUAUCACUUGGACUAAUGGCAAAGUGGCCCCGUGACAAACGGAGGUGAAGUGGGCCACUUUUCAGAGUGAUGAGCAGUCUACCUGAGUAUCUUCCAUACUCAGAAAUUGCGAUCCAACGUGAGGGAAAGAAACAUGCCAGAAAACAAGUGACAAUUCCUGAUGUGUUGUCCUGGCUCUAAAAAGCAGAUGCUGGUUGUAGAAAUCAUUGUCUUUCCAUUACUCGACUGCAGCACAGACAUUGUUCUUUUGACAAGAGUUGGAUUUUUUUUUAAUUAUUAUUAUUCUGGGGGAGUUGAAUUGUCUGAGCCACAGUGUUGUUAUGUUUGUGUUUCUUUGCCUUUUUCUGGGAAAGUUUUAUACAGAAGAUACAGUUGAUAUGUAUAAAAAGAGGUUUGCCCAUUCCAGGGGAAAGGGGGGUGUGGGUAGAAAAUGUAAAUAUUUAAGACAGCACUCAAGUUCGCAAGUGGAUUUUUAGUGCUCAAAGCACUUAUUUUAUUGUGAAAAUCUAUUUUUUUUAAUCUUACGUACCAGAUGUAUAUUUUUACAUGGGAAAUAAAAUGGGACAACAUGGACACAAAACCAUCCGAUACAUCAUGCCAAUAUUUUCUGUGUAAUACCAUCAUUAAAAGUCCAAACAUUUUUGUUCUGUUACUAAUUAAAGAAGCAGGAACGAA